AUGAAACUCAUUGCUCCUGGUGCUAACAAUGAGAAAUCAGAGUUACCGUUCAUCAAUACCGUCACCGGCGGGCACCUUGAGAUUGGGGAAAGUCUACAAUCGUGUACCAUCAGAGUGCAAACUGCGGAGUGCACUAUUCGCGGAGAGCAUGUCAAACUCAUCGACACACCUGGCUUCGACGACACACACAGAUCACAAUCUGCGAUUUUGAAAGACAUUGCAGACUUUCUUGAACAAACAUACGAACAAAAUGUAAAACUAUCCGGGAUCAUCUACAUGUACCGCAUCUCCGAUAACCGUGCCGGCGGAAUUGCAAGAGAGAAUUUUGCGCUGGAUGCAAUGUCGAACGUUGUCAUUGCGACGACAAUGUGGAGCGGGAUAGCAGAAGAUGUCGGCGUGCGUAGAGAGAGAGAGCUGUCCAGCGAGACGUUCUACUUCAAGGAUGCCACGGACCAAGGUGCUCGAUUUCGCCGCCUAUAUAACACUCCUGCGUCAGCAGAGGAGAUGAUGGAUAUCUUAGUUGCAAAUUCUCCUCGCACACUCCAGUUGCAAGGCGAACUCGUCGACGAACACAGGCCGUUACUGCGUACUUCAGCUGGGGAGGAAGCCAGCGGGCAACUGCGUAUGCAGGCAAGCCGACAACUUUCGGGGAUAAAUCAUCUGCAAAAUGAGGUACGAGCAGCCAACAGCGACCCGACUACGAUCGACCGCAGUGAGCAGGCGAGAAUGCAGGCACAGAUUACUGCCAUGCAGGAGACGCUAGAAAGGAUACGGGGAGAAUUAGAAAACCUGGCGAAAGAACCACCCAGAAAACGCCCUAGGUGGAUGGCCCGCGUUAUAUCGCGCGGUCGAAAGAAAUUGGACGCCAUAUUCGUCAGAAAGUGCAGGGAGGGAGCAGGUUGCCUAAGUGACGGUGGUCUUGAGUUAUAG